CAAAUACGACUCACUUUAUCUCAGUAACCCCAGAUGACUGCUAAUAGUCCAUUUUCAAGAAGACUGUCUUAUCAGUCCAAGACGACCAUUUUAUCAGUCCAAGAUGACCAUCAGUGGAGCAUAAAAAUGAACUUUUUAAGAAAUGUACACAUUUAAAAGUAAAGGUUACAAAAGGGCUUUUUUUUUUGUUGUUGUUGUUUUUUUGUUUUUUUGCAGUUAUACCAUAGAAGAACCAUUCUGGUUCCCAGAAACUUUCAGUCUGCAGCUCUUGAAAGAUAUUUUUUUUUUUAGUGUGAAGAACACUUAAAUAAUCUAAAGAACCUUUUUUUUCCACUAUAAAGGACAUUUUUUGAGCAAUGAAAAGUUUCCAUGGAUGUUAAAGUGUCACGAUCACUGUCUGUUCCUGUCAGUUCCUGGACUCCACUUCCCAUAAUCCUCCCUUCCAAUCACAUGCACCAAUCACCAAUUGCCACACACACCUGCAGAUCAUUACCUGGACUAUUUAAGACACACACACACACACACCCUUUGCGAAGUCUUGAUUUGCCCCGGUGAUCAACUCUGAGCGUUUUCUUGUGGACUGUUUACCCUGUUACCGUUGGAUUGUUUAUUCGUUGUGAUUCUCUGCUGCCUGCCCUGAACCUUGCCUGUGUACUGGACUGUGAUUGUUUGCUGCCUGCCCUGAUCUCCGCCUGUGACCCGAUACAGUUUGUCUGCUGCCUGCCUCGACUAUUGCCUGUCCCUGUUUGUGUCUCUGCCUUUGCCCUGUCUACUCUGUAAAAUGGCUGCAAAUGGAUCCUCACGCAUUCGACCCAUCAUUACAGAAGACUUCGCCAUCAAACGAUCCAGCAGCUUCUACGAGCGCUUCCAGCCCCAGCAUGGACCCAGCAAUACGUCUCGUCCGCCUUCGGCAAGGUAAUUCUACACUCGAGGACCACAUUCAGAAGUUUCUAGACAUUGCCUAUUUAUCUGACCUGCCUGACUGUGCCCUCAUUGACUUCUUUGGCUAUGGAUUAAACGAACCAUUGAAGGACUACUUACUUAUUAAUGGUCCCCGAGGGUCGUUCGUGGAAUUUCUGGACUUUGCUCUGCUUACUGUUGGUUCACUGUUUACUGUGGGUGUCGCGGAGGAACGCGACACCUCGUUCCCCCAUGUAAUGGCUGCCUCUAAAGAGAGCAUUCACAAAAUGGCGGCCACAACAUCAUCACAUCAUGUCUCUGCUGAUCUUCCAGAGCCAAGUCAAGUCUCCGUUGAUCUUCUAGAAUUACAUCACGUCUCUGGAUCUGUUUGGGAGCGGAGUGGGUUGCGUUCCAGCGUGGCUGAUCCACCGCUGACUUCAGCACGAACGGCUGGCAUUCCUAAGCCUCCGCCGGCCACUUCGCACUCAAGCUCGCCGGUUGCUACGCACUCAAGCUCGCCGGUUGCUACGCACUCAAGCUCGCCGGUUGCUACGCACUCAAGCUCGCCGGUUGCUACGCACUCAAGCUCGCCGGUUGCUACGCACUCAAGCUCGCCGGUUGCUACGCACUCAAGCUCGCCGGUUGCUACGCACUCAAGCUCGCCGGUUGCUACGCACUCAAGCUCGCCGGUUGCUACGCACUCAAGCUCGCCGGUUGCUACGCACUCAAGCUCGCCGGUUGCUACGCACUCAAACUCUCUGGAUGCUAUGGACAAGAUGGCCGCUUUGCCAGUGCCCACGGGCAAGAUGGCCGCCCCGCCAGUGUCUGGCAACACAGGGGUCGUUCCAGCCAGUGAGUCCACUCCAGAACCAGCUCCAGCCCGUGAGUCUGCUUCAACCCAUGAGCCCGCUGCAGCGCCCACAGAGGAGGUAGGCAUAGAGCCACCGCCUCAACCAUGUAAACGGAGGAGGAGGAGGAAGAAGGCUUCCUCCAUCCCUCAAGGCCCGGAGGCCUUCCCAGAGCCCGCUGUAGGCCCGGAGGCCGUCCCAGAGCCCGCUGUAGGCCCGGAGGCCGUCCCAGAGCCCGCUGUAGGCCCGGAGGCCGUCCCAGAGCCCGCUGUAGGCCCGGAGGCCGUCCCAGAGCCCGCUGUAGGCCCGGAGGCCGUCCCAGAGCCCGCUGUAGGCCCGGAGGCCGUCCCAGAGCCCGCUGUAGGCCCGGAGGCCGUCCCAGAGCCCGCUGUAGGCCCGGAGGCCGUCCCAGAGCCCGUUGUAAGCCCGGAGGCCGUCCCAGAGCAGUCCGCUGCCGUCCCAGAGCAGUCCGCUGCCGUCCCAGAGCAGCCCGCUCUUCCUGAUACGGCCACGGAGGCCGUCGCCGAGCUCCUCGCCCUGCCGGCGCCACCCGAGCUCCUCGCCCUGCCGGCGCCACCCGAGCUCCUCGCCCUGCCGGCGCCACCCGAGCUCUUCGCCCUGCCGGCGCCACCCGAGCUCUUCGCCCUGCCGGCGCCACCCGAGCUCUUCGCCCUGCCGGCGCCACCCGAGCUCUUCGCCCUGCCGGCGCCACCCGAGCUCUUCGCCCUGCCGGCGCCACCCGAGCUCUUCGCCCUGCCGGCGCCACCCGAGCUCUUCGCCCUGCCGGCGCCACCCGAGCUCUUCGCCCUGCCGGCGCCACCCGAGCUCUUCGCCCUGCCGGCGCCACCCGAGCUCUUCGCCCUGCCGGCGCCACCCGAGCUCUUCGCCCUGCCGGCGCCACCCGAGCUCUUCGCCCUGCCGGCGCCACCCGAGCUCUUCGCCCUGCCGGCGCCACCCGAGCUCCUCGCCCUGCCGGCGCCACCCGAGAUCCUUACCCACGAAACCGCCACGGCCUCCGUUGAAUUCCCCAAGAACUUUUUGGGGGGGGGCCAUAUACCUGAGGGUGGGGAGCUUGUGGGUGGGGACCCUGCACGGCCGCGAUCAUCAGCGGCCUCCGAAUUGCUUGAGCUUGCGGGUGGGGACCUUACACGCCCACGGCCUUCAACCGUCUGUGAACUGCUGUGGCCGGCUACGGACCCUGACCUACCGUGGGCGCCCAAGCCACCUGACCCGCCGUGGCUGCCCGUGGCACCUGACCCGCCGUGGCUGCCCGUGGCACCUGACCCGCCGUGGCUGCCCGUGGCACCUGACCCGCCGUGGCUGCCCGUGGCACCUGACCCGCCGUGGCUGCCCGUGGCACCUGACCCGCCGUGGCUGCCCGUGGCACCUGACCCGCCGUGGCUGCCCGUGGCACCUGACCCGCCGUGGCUGCCCGUGGCACCUGACCCGCCGUGGCUGCCCGUGGCACCUGACCCGCCGUGGCUGCCCGUGGCACCUGACCCGCCGUGGCUGCCCGUGGCACCUGACCCCCCGUGGCUGCCCGAGUUCCUGGACCUGCAUUGGAGACCCCGUUCCCGUCUGCCAACAGGUCUCCAAUGUACCCACCCCCCCUCCCUAUCUGUGCCAUUUACGCCGCGAGGACGCGCCUUCCGGAAGGGGGGCGUUAUGUCACGAUCACUGUCUGUUCCUGUCAGUUCCUGGACUCCACUUCCCAUAAUCCUCCCUUCCAAUCACAUGCACCAAUCACCAAUUGCCACACACACCUGCAGAUCAUUACCUGGACUAUUUAAGACACACACACACACACACACCCUUUGCGAAGUCUUGAUUUGCCCCGGUGAUCAACUCUGAGCGUUUUCUUGUGGACUGUUUACCCUGUUACCGUUGGAUUGUUUAUUCGUUGUGAUUCUCUGCUGCCUGCCCUGAACCUUGCCUGUGUACUGGACUGUGAUUGUUUGCUGCCUGCCCUGAUCUCCGCCUGUGACCCGAUACAGUUUGUCUGCUGCCUGCCUCGACUAUUGCCUGUCCCUGUUUGUGUCUCUGCCUUUGCCCUGUCUACUCUGUAAGUACUUUUAAUAAACAAGCUGCAAAUGGAUCCUCACGCAUUCGACCCAUCAUUA